AUGCCUUCCUUCGCUUCGGCGCUUCGAUCUGGAGCCGGUCAGACAAAGCAGUCGAUGCCCGUUGUACCAAACGAUGCCACACUUCAGUCAGUGUCGACUCCACCGACACCACCCCCUGCGUCUCACGAAUUAGCACCAAUAGACGACACUAUCCUGCAAGCCAUUCGCAAACGAGACGAUCGCAUCUUUUUCACUCAGUACGAGAAUCAGAUGGCCACCUUCAUCAACGACGACGCUCGCUCCACCCUCGAGCUUGGUCCUAUGAACGCCUAUCAGCGCCUCCUCGUCCACCGAUGCGCAGACCAGUUCCAACUGGAGCAUCACCUCCACCGUGCCACCCACACCAUCACCCUCUCCAAAACCUCGACCUCCUCGCAUCCCUCCGCACUCCUCUCCAACAGAGCUCGUGACUACUUGGUACAGCGCGACGGUGUCGACCCUGCCAGCACACACCCUUCUAUCCUCGGCAUCGCUGCCUCUUCCGCCUCGGAGACCAACACCGCUUCGUCCAGCUCAUCACCCUCCACCUCGUCCGCAGCCUCUCCAGCUCCAGCUCCAGCAGCCACCUCGUCGUCCGCAUCGGCUACGCCCAAACCCCUUUUCAAAAUCAUGCAUCGAGAUCCUUCCGCACUCCGCAAAUCUCCGCUCCGAUCCCUCGACGAUGACAAAGUCGACUCGGACAAAGCCAAAUCUCGCAAAGACAUGACCCUCGAGGAAAGGGAAGCUUCCUACAAGGCUGCUCGUGCACGCAUCUUUGGUGAUGUCGCCUCGAGCGAUUCCACCUCCUCCACCUCAUCCACUCCGAAUGUUGAUCAAUCCAAUCACACCGGCGAUCCAGUUGCGCCCGAGAACAAGUCUUCGCCCUCAAGCUCAGCAGCUUCCAGCCCAGCAGCUUCUCUGGCAGGCGCACGCUCCAGCUCUCGCAACAAGAAGCCGGCUUCCUCAAGCUCUUCCACUCACCGGGGCAAGGCGAUUGCCACCGACCUCGCGGAAGAUGACAGCCUCGAGUUCAGCCGUGCUCUCCCUCUCUCCAAUCAAGCCUCUCUCGCAUACGCAGGCCACCAACAGUCGAGUCCGCUCGCUUUGACCAGCCAUGUAGCUCCAGGCUACUUUGCACCCGCACACGCUUUGCACCUGCAGCAGUCGCAUUCCAAUCCCAAUCUCAGGUCAAGAGCACCCGCAUUCUACCCACAGGGCAGCAGCACGCCCACCUAUUCGCAAGGUGGCGCCCUCAGGCAUCCAGCUGCGUCUGGGAGCGAUUCGUUCCCCGCGCUGGACAGCAACGCUCGAAACACGGUGACCCCCGGUGCGGGUAGCGUUUGGAACCGUUCUCAGAACACCGCGCCGACAGCGGGUGUCGCACACGAACAUCACUUGAACGGCGUCAGUGCAUGGGCGCAGUCAACCUCGACCUUCAACAACAAUGCAGCUCCGCGUCAUCAACAGCAGCAGCAGUACCAAGCGUACAUGCCGUAUCAGCACCAACAUCAGCACCAGCUUCAACCACAUCAACAAUUGCACCACGGCCCGAACCCUUAUUCUGUGGGCCAGCCUCCUCAUCAUACCCAACUGGGACAGCAGGUCCAUGCGCAUGCUCCCAGCAGCUAUGCUGGAUCGAGGAACAGCAGUCGAGCCAGUUCGCAACGUGGUGCACACAGCAACAGCAGAGGAGCGGCGGCUAGGGACGAUGCGGUCAGCGUGAGCUCCAUCUCGUCCAACUCGUCUUCUCGUUCUGCCAGCGUAAGUGGUGUCAGCGGAGCGGGUGCAAAUGUGGUCGGAGGCGAUAGCGGUAAGCCGGCGGGUGCAUCUUUGGCGGGACUGUCACAUCCUUCGCUGCCGGCGAGACCAUCUUGGAUCUCGCCGUCGAACAACGGCGCAUCCACGGCCUCGGCGUCAACUUCUGCCGUUGCGUCCGGUGCGGAAGGCGGGGAUUCGGCAGAGUAG